UCUACCCCCAAAAAACCAACCCGUCAUCCAUCUAUCCCUCCCCACUCAAUUUGAAGUCAUUAGAGUGCUCUCUACGGGAGUAUCUCCUUCUCUAAUCCUCUCUCCUUUUCUCUCUAAAAAACAGAGAAUCGUUCAAAAACAGAAACAAUCAGUCAUCGCAUACAAACGAAACAAAUACAUUUCUUUGUUUUUCCAUAGUUGCAGUUCUCUGUUGUUGUUCAUCAAACAAUCAUGUGUAAUCCAAACCCUUCAUCCACAGCCACGAAAACAGAGCAUCAUCACCAUCAGCCGCCGCAGCCCCACUUGUUCCUAGACUUCUUAUCCUUACCAGAAGCUCCAAAGCCGCCUCCGCUGCCACAUUUCACAAGUUCACUUGCUGUUUCGGACAUAGUCGCCGAGACCAAGUCUCUGUUUCAGCUGGCCUUCCCAAUCCUCCUCACCGCCCUCAUUCUCUACUCCCGCUCGGUCGUCUCGAUGCUCUUCCUUGGCCACCUCGGCGACCUCGAGCUCGCCGCUGGAUCCCUCGCCAUCGCAUUCGCUAACAUCACCGGCUACUCCGUCCUCUCCGGACUAGCCCUGGGCAUGGAACCUCUCUGUUCCCAAGCCUUCGGUGCCCAACGUCCGAAGCUCCUCUCCUUGACCCUCCACCGCUCCGUCAUCUUCCUCACCCUCGCAUCGCUGCCCAUUUCGCUCUUCUGGGUCAGCAUGUCAGUAAUCCUCUUGUACCUCCGCCAGGACCCAGAUAUCACCGCCGUGGCCCACACCUAUCUCAUCUUCUCCCUCCCUGACCUCUUCACAAACUCCCUCAUUCACCCAAUCCGCAUAUACCUUCGCGCGCAGGGAAUCACCCACCCGCUCACGUUAGCAUCCCUCGCCGGCGCGCUCUUCCACCUCCCGAUGAACCUCCUGUUAGUCACUCGGCUCCAGCUCGGCGUGGCCGGAGUCGCGGCGGCUUCCGCCGCUUCCAAUCUAUUUGUUUUACUGGCCCUCGUGUCGUACGUGUGGGCCACAGGGAUCCACGAGCCAACGUGGACGAAGCCAAGCCGCGAGUGCCUGACAGGUUGGAAGCCACUGCUUCGGCUCGCAGCACCGAGCUGCGUUUCCGUGUGCUUGGAGUGGUGGUGGUAUGAGAUCAUGAUCGUCCUGUGUGGGCUCCUCGUGGACCCCAGAGCAACCGUCGCCUCGAUGGGCGUGCUCAUCCAAACGACGUCGCUGAUAUACGCGUUCCCGUCCUCCUUGAGCUUCGCGGUCUCGACGCGGGUCGGGAACGAGCUCGGGGCGAACCGACCGCACAAGGCAAAGUUAUCCUCUGCGGUGGCGGUCAUGAUUGCGUUCUUGAUGGGCCUAUCCGCGAUGAGUUUCGCGUCUGGGAUGCGGGGGAGCUGGGCUCGGAUGUUCACCAGCGACGCGGAGAUCAUGCGGCUGACGUCGGCGGCGCUGCCGAUCCUAGGCCUGUGCGAGCUUGGCAACUGCCCGCAGACAGUGGGAUGUGGGGUCCUCAGAGGCAGCGCACGUCCGUCCACCGCGGCUAACGUGAACCUCAGCGCAUUCUAUCUCGUGGGCAUGCCCGUGGCCGUGGGACUCGGGUUCUGGGUAGGAAUCGGGUUUUGCGGAUUAUGGAUCGGGUUGCUGUCAGCCCAGGUUUGUUGUGCUGGGCUGAUGUUGUAUGUGGUUGGGACCACAGACUGGGAUCUUCAAGCUAAGAGGGCCCAGUCACUAACGUGCGCCGGGAGUGAAAUCACAGUACCUGAUUGUAAGGUUGUUGAGGAACAGCAGCCGUUGAUUGUUAUUACAGUGCCUUCUUCUCGAUAAUCCAAAAAUUCCAGAUUAGAUGUAAUGUUUUCCACCAGUUUUUUUAUAUAAUUAUUUCUUUCUUUC